UUCUUUGCCUUUGUCCUUUGGCAUGUGCAAACGCAAUCAGUCAGUUGAGUGAGUCGAUUUAGGAGUAGUAGUUUGCUUCUCUUCUCACUCACUGGCCCCUUCUCCCAGCGGAGAUAUACAUCUCGGUCGGUCGGUCGGUGAUUCGUAUGUCGAGAUCACAGAAGAGCAGAGCUUCUUGAUUAUACGCCUUCGUCGUCGCCUUGGCCGGGAACCAGGACAUCAAAGUCUUUUCCAAUUAAAGAGCAAGCAAAACUGAACACUGCAUCAAUCAAAGUGUAUUCCAUACAGGCCCUGCUAGUAUGCUUGGAUGACAGCCUCUGUGGCCAACCACCUUCAAGGUAUCUCCCACACUCAGCCACCAGCAAUUGACCUCCCACACACUCUGGAGAAUCAAAAUGCUGCUUCCACAACGAAUUCUGCUGGCCUUACUAGAGCUGGAGAGCUCAAACUAUCCAAUGGGGAUAUCUACUCCGGCGCGUUGUCAGGGGAAAUACCUGAGGGUUCAGGGCGGUACAUCUGGUCGGAUAGUUGCUGCAUGUAUGAGGGUGAGUGGAGGAGAGGGAUGAGGCAUGGCCAAGGAAGGACACUGUGGCCGUCAGGAGCCAUCUACCAAGGCGAAUACUCUGGGGGCUACAUGGAUGGUGAAGGAACAUAUGUUGGAUCCUCUUCUUACAAGGGGCGCUGGAAGCUGAACCGUAAGCAUGGCCUUGGUCUUCAGACCUUUCCGAAUGGAGACAUCUUCCAAGGUUCCUGGGUUCAGGGACAGAUGGAAGGCCAUGGCAGGUAUACCUGGGCAAAUGGCAACACCUAUGUUGGCACCAUGAGGAAUGGACUCAUGUCCGGCAAAGGGAUUCUCACGUGGAACAACGGGGACUCAUUUCAAGGGAGCUGGUUAGAUGGCAUGAUGCAUGGUUAUGGAUUAUAUACGUGGGAGGACAGUGGAUACUAUCUAGGAACCUGGACCAGGGGAUUCAAGGAUGGUAAAGGCACAUUCUAUCCAAAAUGUUGCAGAGUUCCUGCUGCCCACCAGCUCUACAUAAAUGAUUUAAGGAAGAGAGGUGUGCUACCUGACAUCUCAAAUAUCCUUCGCUCGUCUUCCUUUGACAUGACGGAAGGCACAAAUCGAGAAUCUGCAGGUGCUUUGUCCAGAAGAAACUUGAGUUUUGAGCAGCCUCCCUCGAAGAAGGCAUCUUUACAAAGACGCUGGAGUAUCGGAGUGGCUAUUGAGAAACUCAUCGGUCAUGAAGCGAGUGCAAGUUCUGAAAUACAAAGCUGUGAAAACAUGGCUGAUUCUAACUUCCCUAUACUCGAAAGGGAAUACGCACAGGGUGUUCUAAUCAGCGAGGUUGUACUGAAUAAGAGCUUCUUGGAUUCAUCCAAAAAUGUGAAGCGUCGCCAGAGGAAGAUUGUGAGGGAUAUCAAAAGGCCUGGAGAGACAAUAAUUAAAGGACACAGGAGCUAUGACCUAAUGCUCAGUCUGCAGCUUGGAAUCAGGUACACAGUUGGAAAGAUCACACCAAUUCAGAGGCGUGAAGUGCGAGCUUCCGAUUAUGGCCCCAGAGCUAGUUUUUGGAUGAACUUCCCCAAAGAAGGAUCACGACUUACUCCUUCACAUCGUGCCAUAGAUUUUAAAUGGAAGGACUACUGUCCAAUGGUUUUCAGAAAUUUGAGGGAGAUGUUCAAGAUUGAUACAGCAGAUUAUAUGAUUUCCAUUUGUGGAAGUGAUGCACUUAGGGAGCUAUCUUCUCCUGGAAAGAGUGGAAGUAUUUUUUUCUUAUCACAAGACGACCGGUUUAUGAUCAAGACUCUUCGGAAAUCAGAAGUGCAGGUUCUUUUGCGUAUGCUUCCAGAGUAUUAUCGUCAUGUCCACACUUAUGAGAACACUCUUGUAACCAAAUUUUUUGGUCUCCACAGGGUGAAACCUUCAAGUGGUCAAAAGUUCCGGUUUGUAGUGAUGGGAAACAUGUUCUGCACAGAACUUAGAAUUCAUCGAAGAUUUGAUCUGAAAGGUUCAUCUUUGGGCCGUUCUACGGACAAAAUUGAAAUUGAUGAGAACACAACACUGAAAGACUUGGACCUGAACUAUUCGUUCUAUCUUGAGCAUUCUUGGAGGGAUACUUUGCUUAAGCAAAUCGAGACCGACAGCGAAUUUCUAAGGAACCAGGAUAUAAUGGAUUACAGUUUGCUUCUUGGUUUCCAUUACCGAGGUCGACAGAACCUAGAAAGAGGAGCAUCAUGUCAUGAAAACAUUGUGCCAGAUAGACUAACCGUUCUUUCAGAACAAGAUGCUGUGGAAGAGGAUUCUGCUUAUAACUAUCGAGAAGGCCUGGUUUUGGUGCAACGAGGUAGCGACCAAAAGGGUAAAGUCGCCGUUGGCCCUCACAUAAGGGGGAGCCGCCUGCGCUCGUCAUCUGCUAGUUUUGAGGAAGUAGAUCUUUUGCUUCCAGGCACAGCAAGGCUUCAGAUCCAGCUAGGGGUGAACAUGCCGGCGAGAGCCGAGAAAGAAGAUGGCGAAAAAUCAUUCCGUCAGGUGUAUGAUGUGGUGCUCUACAUAGGGAUCAUUGAUAUUCUGCAGGAGUACAACAUGAGGAAGAAGAUUGAGCAUGCAUACAAGUCCAUCAAGUAUGACCCCUUGUCAAUAUCUGUCGUUGAACCAAAAUUCUACUGUGAGCGCUUCCUCAGAUUCAUCCACACCAUCUUUCCACAAAACUCGUAGUUUAGCUAGCCAGCUACAAUUCAAUUCAAUUCAAUUCAUCAUUCUUUCCUUGUGCCGUUCUAGCAAUAAAAUGUAAAGAAAUUCCAAGGAAAUGUGUUUACUGAAUUGAUGUGUGUGAAAUACCUAGUGUUGAUAAAUAUCAGAUCAGCAUCCUGACAUGUUUA